GUUUAAUAAACAACAUCAAUAGCAACAGAAAGUGUAAAAUAUACAGAAUUUUCCAUCCUUCUAUCCCCACUAUUCACUAUUUUCUCACAAUCAAAAUUGAGCAAAACAUUGCCAGCCCAGUGAAAGACAUCACUCAUACGCACCGUUGCACAGCAUAAGGAUUACUCAAACGGUACGAGUGUGCGUGCGUGCUAAAAGGAUUAUAGCAGUUACUGUGUCGGUCGUGAUAUAGUUGACGUUUUCGGUUUAAAGAACGUUCAGCGUUACGUGUGUGUGUGCGUGUACUCGAGUUUAGCGUGCGUUUCACCAUGAAAGCAUUCAUCUUGUUGUCCUGUGUAGCGCUGGCAGCUGCCCGGCCUGAGGCGGGCUAUGCUUACAAUAGGCCCGGCGGUGGUGGCGGCUCUGGUGGAUUCGGUGGCGGUUCCGGUGGAUUUGGUGGCGGCUCGGGUGGAUUCGGUGGUGGUGGCGGAGGUCUUGGCGGUGGACUAGGUGGUGGACUUGGCGGUGGCCUCGGUGGUGGCGGCCUUGGCGGCGGUGGCGGUGGAUUUGGUGGCGGUUCUGGAGGUGGUGGCGGUUUCGGCGGCGGUGGUUUUGGUGGCGGCGCCGGUGGUGGCGGUGGAUUCGGAGGAGGUGGCAUCGGCGGCUUCGGUGGUGGCGGCGGUGGUGGCGGCACCACACUCGUGCAGAAACACAUUUAUGUGCAUGUGCCACCACCAGAGCAAGAGGAAGUACGUCCACGACCCAACAUACCCAUCGGUCAAGCACAGAAACACUACAAGAUCAUCUUCAUUAAGGCACCAUCUCCACCCAGUUACCAGGCGCCAAUCAUUCCCCUGCAGCCACAGAACGAAGAGAAGACACUCGUCUAUGUGUUGGUCAAGAAGCCAGAAGAUCAACAGGACAUCGUUAUUCCUACACCAGCGCCCACACAGCCCUCCAAACCCGAAGUAUACUUCAUCAAGUACAAGACCCAAAAAGAAGGCGGCGGUGGCGGUGCUAUUGGAGGUGGUGGAAUCGGAGGCGGCGGCGGUGGUAUUGGCGGUGGAGGCGGUGGAAUUGGCGGCGGUAUCGGCGGUGGUAUCGGUGGUCUCGGUGGUGGUAUUGGUGGUGGAAUCGGUGGUGGCGGCAUUGGCGGCGGUAUCGGCGGUGGUGAUGGCGGCUACUCCGGCGGCGGCGGCGGUGGUGGCGGUGGUGAUAUCUCAGCACCUUCCUCCAACUACGGACCACCCGGCAAAUCUGGACCAUAUUAAGCGAACACUUGCGGCGAAAAUUCGAGUGCAGCUAAAAAUGUGCAACAACUCUAUUAGAUUGGACGUUAACUACAAAAAACGACGACGAAAUUCGCAGACAAACCAAACGAACGGAAUGGUGCUGGGCGAAAUUCAAGCACACGACAAAUUUAGCUAAAGCUGCCGGCUAGUCUUGUUAAACGAUAACACAUUAUUAUUAUUAUUUUAAUUUAAUUUUUGAUUUCGUCAUUGAAAUUCUGUUUGUCACAACAUCCCGAGGACCGACCAAGCCAAACAAAAGGCAAACAAAACAGAACAGAAAUUGCAUAAAACGCCGAAAAUGCUGUGACUAACCCAUAAGACAUAGGGCAGCUCUUAAACUGCCUGGAAAAAUGACCUUGACUUUGACAAAUUCGGCCCAAUGCAAUGCCGCGCUGCUCUCAUCUCACGACGCUAAAGCAAGGUGCUCGCUCGCGACUUUCGGUGCUCAAAUGUCAAACGUCUGUGGUAAAUAAAACGAAACUUGCCCAUCAUCCACAUAAUCAAGCAAGCAUAAGCUCAUCCUCAUCUCGAUUCUACUUCUCUACAACACUAUCUCCAUCCCACUCAAAUGCUCUCUACUACGCGCCAUCUCUACGCAAUUGUGCUGUAUCUUGUUCUAUAAGAGUAUCACUUUUGGGCGUGUUAUCUUUUGUAUAUAAGCCAUUUCCCUGUAUAUCUCUACAUAUAUAUUGAUCUUUUUGUUGUAAAUGCGUAUAUAUAUAUAUAUAAUAAAUAAUUUGCUAGUUAUAAGUGCGAUGCGUUGAUUAAGCUAAUAACCCUCAUUAGACCCACUUAAAGCGCUGUCUACAUAUAUUGUGAGACGCAAGCCCGUAAUAUUAAUUAUUAAUUUGCGAAAUAUGUAUUAAUAUUUAAGUUUUUGUAUUAUGCGCAGUAUAAAAAACAACGGUGACAAAAUUUGA